AUGAUUCUUCUUCAACAUCAAACCUCAUCGACAUCGAGAUUUGGAAUGCCUUCGGAAGAGGAGUUGGAGGCAGCUCACAAAAAAGCUUUGAAAAGCUUAGAGGGCGAAAAACGGUCUGCAAUUAAAAAAGCAAAAGGAACAAAGGGCAAGAAAGCGAAGCAAGCGAUUGCAGCUGUUGAAGAAGAAUAUGCAUCGCGUCUCAGGGAUAUGCAACAAGAGCAUGAACAGAAAUUGAAAUCAUUAGGGGCAUUGAUCGAAUCGCCUCCAAACCAGAAGAAGGAAGGUGUCGUUGCUUCGGAACUUGACGAUACCACUAAGGAGCUAUCAGAAAAGGAGAAGAAGCAGCUCAAGGCUCGCAAGAAAAAAGAAAGGCAGAAAGAGCGGGAAAUCGAGCGCCAAGCAGCUCUGGAUAGCGAAAUCGCUAAUGCUGGCCCUAGCUUGCGCGAUGUUGAGCUUGAACAGAUAGAGAUCACUCUCACGCCACUUGAUUUGUGCAUGAAGGAAGUGGAAGCCGAUGGGCACUGCUUGUAUCGAGCAAUUGGCGCUCAGAUGGGAACAGACUAUCAAGAAAUCCGUGGGAUUUGCGCCGACGCCCUGAGAGAUAAUGAACCUGAGUUUUCUCCAUUUUGUGAGCUAACCGAUGCAGUAUCUUCAUUCGAUUCGUAUGUAAGCCAAGUACGAAAUAGCGCAGAAUGGGGUGGACAUCUUGAACUUAGAGCUUUAUCUCUGGCGCUAGAACGACCUAUUCAUGUGUUCUCUGUACAAUCUGGAACGAAACCACUCGAAAUUGACGGUGGGAGCGGGAAGGGCAAAGAACCUCUACUACUGUCCUACCAUUUGCACUAUUACGCUCUUGAGAGAAGAUUGCUAUGGUUUCACUGCUUUAGAUAUAAUAAUAUAUUUCUAAUUCAACCCACUGUCAUAACGCUCCUUCUAUCCAAACCAUCCAUUCCGUCGGGCGAGAAGAUGCCAUGUUCUCGACCUCAGACUAAAACUUUUGAGGUGGAAGCUUUUCUUUGCGUUCUUGCGUCUCAUUGA